AUGUUUGGAUUUGGUACAGCUCGCACAAUCGCGUGGCUCGCCUUGAUAGCUGCCACUCACGCGGUGCCCCUCGACUUACAAGGGAGAGGAGCUGCCAUACUUCCCAGCAAUGACCCCUUCUACGCCGUGCCUGCAGACGUGGGCAAUUCAGCCCCAGGGACCAUAUUGAAACAUCGUCCGCCACCGGCGCAGAUUGCAGCCUUCGGACUGGCCCCCGUGAACCUCCAGGGCAGCCACCAAAUCCUGUACAGGACCAACGACAACUUUGGAAACGCCACAGCAACCGUCGUCACUGUCUUGAUCCCCCAUAACGCAGACCUAAGCAAGGUCUUGUCCUAUCAGGUAGCCCAAGAUUCGGCCUGCAAGGACUGCGCUCCUUCCUUUGCACUUCAACUCGAAUCAGCUGCUCUAGGAUCUCUAGGCACGCUGGUCACGCAGGCUGAGCUGCUUCUUGUCGAGGCGGCUCUGAAUCGAGGGUGGGUCGUCAUUCUCCCUGACCAUGAGGGUCCAACCGCCGCCUUCUUAGCCAACCGACAGGCUGGCCAAGCAACCCUUGACGGAGUCCGAGCCGCCCUCAGCUCUGGUAGCUUCACUGGUAUUUCCAAGGAUGCUACCGUUGCCUUAUGGGGCUAUUCUGGCGGCAGCCUUGCUUCUGGCUGGGCCGCGGAGCUGCAGCCAACCUAUGCGCCGGAGCUGAAAAUCGCUGGUGCUGCGCUAGGAGGCACCGUGCCCAACAUUACCACCGUUCUCUCGGAGAUUAAUAAGAGUGUUUUUGCUGGCAUCCUCCCCGCUGGCAUCGUCGGCCUGGCGAACCAAUAUCCCCAAAUCAACAGCGUUAUCGAGGAACACGUGCUGCCGCAGUAUCAAUCCCUGUUUAACAAGGUGAGGAACCAGUGCCUCACUGCCGAUCUCACGGAUUUUCUCUUCAAGGAUGUGUUAGGCAUGCUGGAUGACCCAUCUCUGCCCUUUACGCAGCCCGAUCUUUUGAAAAUCCAAAACGACAACGCUCUUGGCCAAGCCAUACCCAAGAUCCCGCUGUACGUUUACAAGUCUACUGAAGACGAGCUGAGCCCAGUCAGUGAGACAGAUGCCUUGGUGAGCAAAUAUUGCGGGGGUGGUACUCCUGUGAAAUACGUCAGAGACAUUCUCUCGGAGCACGGAACUCUUGCCAUCACUGGAGCCGUAAAAGCGUUGGCUUGGUUGAUCGAUGUGCUGGAUGAAGGAGAGGUCCAAAAUAGCUGCUCAACAUCAACUGUUAUAUCGUCGCUACUUGAUCCCAGUACAUUGGAAAUCCUUCCCGGUUUCAUUAUUGAUGCUUUGCUGGAUCUUCUUGGAAACCCAGUCGGGCCUGUAUUGAUAGGAUGA